UCCCUUCAGCUAAUAAUCCACUUUAUAUAUUUUUCAACCUUCUUCUCCUUUUACCUAUCUUUAUAUAUAUUUUUAUCAUCACACGAAUUACGAUCAUUCAAGUCUUCCUUAAUUAGGAGAUUACUUCUUCAUUCUUUACUGUAUGAGCUUUGCAAGUUUUUCAGUAACUUUGGUUUUCUCUUUUCAAAUUUUGCGUGUAAUUAACAUAUUUGUUUUUCUGGCCAAGUAAAGCAUCUUCUUCUAUCUCUGAUUCUACGUCUUCCUUUGUUGCUUCUUCUACACACUAUCUGAGAACUUCUUGUGGAGUUUCUGAAACAUAUAUAAUUUUAUAUUGCUAAAUUAGCAGGUAGUCCACAGGAUCGUAACUAUGGUCAAGAAUAUUGCAAAGUUAUCACUUCACAAUUUCUUCCAGAAAAGUAAUAAAGCUGAGGACUUUUUGAAGGAUUAUUACAUUCCUGAUUACAUACUUAUACCAGAAAGAAAAAUACAGAAUGACUAUGACAUAGCUUCUUGUCCUGUACUUGUAUUCAUCAACUCGAAAAGUGGUGGUCAACUUGGAGGACAACUUCUUUUGACAUACCGUACUCUUCUUAAUAAAAACCAGGUGUUUGAUUUGGGUGAAAAGGCACCUGACAAGGUUCUACACCAAUUUUACUCCAAUUUAGAAAAGCAUAAGCAAAAUGGAGAUAACUUGUCACAUGAAAUUGAAAGGAGAUUAAGAGUCAUUGUAGCAGGUGGGGAUGGAACAGCAGGGUGGAUUCUUGGUGUUGUUUCAGAUCUUAAAUUGGCUCAUCCACCUCCAAUUGCAACUGUGCCAUUAGGAACUGGAAACAAUCUACCUUUUGCAUUUGGAUGGGGGAAAAAGAAUCCUGGUACUAAUUGCCAGUCCGUGAAGUCAUUCCUGAAUCAAGUGAAAAAUGGAAAAGAAAUGAAAGUUGACAGCUGGCGUAUUCUUAUGAAAAUGAAGGCUCCUAAAGAAGGUUCUUGUGUUCCAAUCACACCUCUUGAGCUACCACAUUCAUUGCAUGCUUUUAACCAUGUGUCUCGAGCUGAUACUUUGAACAAGGAACGCCAUCAUAUAUUUCGAGGAGGAUUUUGGAACUACUUCAGCAUCGGAAUGGAUGCUCAAGUUUCAUAUGCAUUUCACAGCGAGAGGAAGCUACAUCCAGAAAAGUUCAGACACCAGUUAGUUAAUCAGAGAACUUAUGGAAAGCUUGUAUGUAAACAAGGAUGGUUUUGCACUUCUUUCGUGCAUCCAUCUUCAAGAAACAUGGGACAGCUAGCAAAUGUCAAAAUAAUGAAAAGGCCAGGAGAAUGGAUAGACCUCCACAUACCUAGAAGCAUUAGGUCUAUUGUCUGCCUUAAUUUGCCCAGCUUUUCUGGAGGACUUAAUCCUUGGGGAAGACCUAACAAGAAGAAGUUGCAUGAGAGGGACCUUACUCCUCCAUAUGUUGAUGAUGGUCUGCUUGAGGUUGUUGGUUUCCGAGAUGCUUGGCAUGGACUUAUUUUGUUUACUCCAGGAGGGCACGGAACACGCCUUGCACAGGCAAAGAGAAUCCGGUUUGAGUUUCAGAAGGGUGCAGGUGAGCAUACAUUUAUGAGGAUGGAUGGGGAACCAUGGAAGCAACGUCUUCCCGCGGAUGAUGACACAGUGGUUAUAGAAAUAUCCCAUUUUGGUCAAGUGAACAUGCUUGCCAGUCCACAUUGCCAAUCCAGAAGUAUCAAUGCGCCUACUUCAGAUCACCUUCAGGAGGAAGAGAAAGAUUUUGAAGAUGACUUAGAAGAGAGGAGAAAGUUGGGUGCAGCUGACACUUUCCGGAUACCAGAUGGCUUUGACAUAACACAUCUUUAGUUAGGCGUUUUACUCUUGAAGGUCUUGGUGAGUAGAGUUAUUCAAUACUUCCGCUGAUAGAAGGUAGCAAGUACCCGAUAAUAUAGUCGAGGUAUGCACACGCUCGUCGUUUACAUUACUAGUUGGUUUAGGCCUUCGGAAGAAUAUCUAGUGUUAGUAGUUUACAUUACUGGCAUAUUACCAGGUUCUUAGAGUGCACAUGUAAGCAACAACUUCCAGUAACACCUUCUCCACUUUGCUUCUAGUCUCACUUUUAUGUAAUGCGUAACAACUUAAUGCCCUGGAUUUUCAUAAUAAUAUCUUAUGCAAUGGUGAUUUGCUAUA